AAGCGUGUCUUCAAUGUUAAUGUUUACCGUUGUCUAAAACAACCUCGUGUGUAUUUUUCAACGAUAAAAUUAACUUUUUUUUAAAAUAAAUUAUUAAAUUUAUGUUAUUACUUAAAUAAUUAUUCAAAUAUUUAAAUCACCUCUACAGCUUAUACGCAAGUAAUUAAAUGUGUGUUUAUUUAAUUGCCAAUGAUAUGAAACCGAAUUACUAAAUAAUUUAAUAAAUUGUGGGUUAAAUAUAUAUAAAUAGUAAUGAGGUAAAAAAAAUAUUUAAAGUAAAAGUUAUUUAGAGAAAGUAAGAGUUUUGGUAAUUAAGUUAAUGGAAUUUUGGCGGCAGACUGUGAUGACGUAGAUGUAUUGUAAUCGGUGAGGGGGCGGUAAAGGGAAAAGAGUCGAGUGGUUAAAAGUAUCAUCAUCAUCACCAGCAGCAAGAGCAGCAGCAGCGUAUAGUGUUGCGGCAGAAAAGGAAGAGGAACACCGGAAUUGAACCAGUCGGUACGUCGCGGAACAAUGCGUAGCCAUUGUUGGUGCUGCAAUCAUUAGUUUGUAGAUCCUCAUAAUAGUGGAUUUUGAAUAUUAUUAUUUGCAUACGAAAUAGUUAUUAAAUAUUCCGUUAGCUUUAUAAUAAAAUGACUUGAUAAAAAUAUACUGCGUGUAAUUAAAUAUUUAAAUGUUUAAAUUUGUGGACGUGAGGUGAGUGGAGAUGAUGUUUAGUCGUUGCGUCUGAUCGUUUGGUGGCGUAUACGAACUGAACGCUCGCGCAAGUUCCUAUACCUGUACAAGAGCGAUAUAGUAUAGAGUGUCAGUACGUGAAUGUCGGUAGUCAGUGAGUGAGUGAGUAAUAUACUCGUAUAAGUGAGCAAUACAGUGGGGCAACUCGGCGGCAGCCAUAAUACCACCAACGGACCAACGAAACUUAACGAGCUGGGAGAAAGCGUAGUGUUAGAGUGUCCGAUGAGUUGUGGUUGUGUUUUUUAUUUUAAAUUACUUGGAUAGCAAACGUUGAGUGAUCAGAUGUUGCUAGUAUUACGAAUCCUGGGUGGAGUCUUGGCGAAUCACAUGAGGGUACAGGGCUGACAUUCAAGUCUCUACCUUUUGGUAGGCUUGAGUUGUGUUAUGUCUCUUCGGCAUCAAUCUCCUUGGUCGCAGCCAAAACAUCUCAGCAAGCAAAUAUCGAGCUACCAUGCUUAAAACAAUAUAUAUUAUUGUCAACUCAGUUGUUGAUGAAGCUUCGUAGCAUCAAGCAUCAGCAAAGACAGUAACCUGCCACGUAGCAUUUAUGUACCAUUUAUGUCGGAAAGAAAUCAAGUCAACAUGCAGCAGGUGGAUACCAACUCGCAAAAUAAUUCCUUAGAUGUGGAAGAACGAGAUAGGCUGUGUAAAAUACCGAAGGCCAGUGCACCAGGAUCGCAAUCGGUACCAACAAAAACACCGCCACCACGUGAAGAACCCACGAUAGAGCCAGUAAAUGGAGUGGUUCAACCACCAGUAGUACCUCCACCAAAUCGUCCAGGACGAAUCACGAAUCACCUUCAGUUCCUUCAAAAAGGAAUACUGAAGCCACUAUGGAAGCAUCAGUUUGCUUGGCCUUUUCAGCAGCCCGUCGAUGCAAAGAAACUCAAUUUACCAGAUUAUCACAAAAUCAUAAAAUAUCCAAUGGAUUUGGGUACGAUAAAGAAACGGUUAGAAAAUACGUACUAUUGGUGUGGAAGCGAAUGUAUUAAAGACUUCACUACUAUGUUUUCCAAUUGCUAUGUCUACAACAAACCCGGAGAGGAUGUUGUAGUGAUGGCCCAAUCACUCGAGAAAAUAUUUACCACCAAGAUUUCACAAAUGCCAAAAGAAGAAAUAGAACUCGAACCUCCCGUUCCAAAAGGACUUAAAGGUAAAAAAGCAAGGGUUGGUGGACCAAUGAUCGGUGGUACUCCAGGAGUUACGCCGGGAGUCGGUCGAGGUCGACCUUCCUCUGGAGCAGCGACAGUCAGUUCCAGUGUACCAAACAAUCUUCCACCUGCUGCAACAACAGCAGGAACGACUGGUGUCUUGCCAAUACCACCUCUAGGUACUCAAGCACCAGUAUUUGUACCUGGAAGUACCAAUACAACAACAAUCGCACCUCCAGCCAGUAUAGGCGUCACGUCAAUGGCUACUCAUAAUUCUCUACCGCAACAAGUGGUUCCUCCACCCAGUGGAUAUCACGCGCAACCUGUGAUAGAUCCUCAAGCAGCUGCUACUGUACCUGCUCCUCCACAAGUCCCAACUACACCUACGGUAAUGCCACCUUCACAGCCUGCUAAAGUCAAAAAAGGGGUGAAGAGAAAGGCUGAUACGACGACACCCACCGCCAAUUCAUUUGAACCCAUGUAUCAACCCAUGGAAUCUAAAAAUGCUAAACUUCCUACGAGAAGAGAAUCAGGCAGACAGAUCAAAAAGCCGUCGAGGCAAGCGGAAGACGGCCUUGUGCCAUUCCAUCAGGCCAACAUGCCCCUCAUCGGGGUGAUGGCCCAACAGCCCCAGCAUGUCGGCGGUAAAUCAAAAGAGAAACUCUCGGAUGCUCUAAAGUCUUGCAAUGAAAUUCUUAAAGAAUUAUUUUCCAAAAGACAUUCGGGUUAUGCUUGGCCAUUUUAUAAACCCGUAGAUGCCGAGCUAUUGGGGCUUCACGAUUACCAUGAUAUCAUCAAAAAGCCCAUGGAUUUGGGUACUGUAAAGACAAAAAUGGACAGCCGUGAGUACAAAACGGCCCAAGAGUUUGCCGGUGAUGUACGACUUAUCUUCACAAACUGUUACAAAUACAACCCUCCUGACCACGAUGUUGUGGCAAUGGCUAGAAAACUACAAGACGUCUUCGAAAUGAGGUAUGCUAAAAUUCCUGAUGAGCCUAUUGGAGGAAUGGCAGCAGGAAAUCGUAGUAGUAGUAGCGGUAGUAGUUCAGGUUCUGAAUCAUCAUCGGAAAGUGAGGAUUCUGAGGAAGAACGUACACAGAAACUCCUUGCUCUUCAACAAGAACUAAAAGCAAUGCAAGAAAAAAUAAAAAAAGUGGUUGAAGAAUCUGGUAAAAAGAAAAGUAAAAAGAGUAAAUUAGAUAAACCUAAAUCUAAACCUAUGAGUAGUAAAAAUGUUGGACUUGUUGGAAGUCAUAGUGGUGCCAUGAAGGAACUAAUGAAACCGAGUGUUGGCAUGCAAAAUGUUUCUGAUAGUGUCGGUGCAAGUAUAGCCAGUGUUGCGAUGGGGGCAGGUGAUCUUAAAAUGCCCAGUGGUUUACCAGUAGGUGUUGGUAUGGGUUUACCUGGUGAUCAUCAUGCGGCAUUGGCCGUUGGUCCAAGUAAAACUCAUUCUGGUGUUGCUGCGGCAGCAAGUGUUAAACCUAAAGGCAAAACUAGAGGCCCUGGAAAGUCUGCUACAACAAGUGCUGCUAGUAAACGACCGAAAACGAAUAGUAGGUCGACUAGUAAUAAGAAGAAAAACGCUGCUAAUUUACCACCUCCAAUGCCCUUUGAUUCCGAAGAUGAGGAUAACGCUAAACCUAUGUCUUACGAUGAAAAAAGGCAACUCAGUUUAGAUAUUAAUAAACUGCCAGGUGACAAGUUAGGAAGAGUAGUUCAUAUUAUUCAAUCUCGAGAGCCUUCGUUAAGAGAUUCAAAUCCCGAUGAAAUUGAAAUUGAUUUUGAAACUCUUAAACCCUCGACGCUGAGAGAAUUAGAAAGCUACGUUGCUUCGUGUUUGAGAAAAAAAAUACAUAAAAAAGUCAGUGGUAAAUCUAAAGAUGAACAGAUAGCAGAAAGAAAACAAGAACUCGAAAAAAGAUUACAAGAUGUAACUGGGCAACUAGGCAAUGUAAAGAAAACUACUAAAAAAGAAGACAACAGUAAAUCAGUAGACGUAGUUGGUUCCGCAGGAACGAGUGGACCAUCGCGGUUGUCGGCGUCAAGCAGUAGUAGCAGCGACAGUGAUUCCAGUAGUAGUUCGUUAUCAUCGAGUUCGACUGAUUCGAGCGACAGCGAAGCAGGAACCGCAACAAAUCGGCCACCGAGGAAGAAAACUAAAAAAACAGCCAACGCUGUUCCAUCUUCAAACCUCACAAUUACACAGCUGACUUCUGUGAAUCAUGCAGGAAAUCUUCUCAUAAAUAACCAAUCAACAAACUCCACGGGACCAGUUACUAAACCAAUAGUAACCCAAUCUAAUGCAAUGCCCAUCGAUCACGGUGGUAAUCAACAAGGACCCGGAGCUGCCACUGUAACUGGGCCUCAAGGAAUUGCAAUAUCAAGUCAUACCUCAAUGCCGGCUCAACCAUCGAGACCAACAGCGUUAGCAACGGCAGCACCGAUGAAGAAAAAAACACCACCACCCCCAGCGACAACUUCAAAUCCACCAACGCCUUCGGUGUCAGUACCAACCCCACCUCCUAGUGUAACACCGACAAAUGCAAAUGCAUCAGUAACAUCACCAAUGAUAUCUCAAGCAACGACAAUAGGAACUUUUCCACCGAUAAAUACGAUAUCCGCUAAUACUGAAACUACGAUCAAUCAACCAGAUCUUAUGCAGCCUUAUAAUCCUUUAGGAUCUAUAACAACAAGUCAGUCUUCGGUAGACAUGAAUAUGAGUGGCGCAAAAAAGGAAACAGGACACGUAUCAAUGGUUCAAAAUAUUCAUCAGACGACAGGAAAUAAUGCAAAUGUUAAUUUAAUGACAGAAAUUAAAAAUUCAGUUAAUAUGAUGCCAACAAAUAUGCCAUCAAAUUUAUUAAGCAAUAUUGGUAUGGGAAAUAUUAAUCUUAAUUUACAACAAAAUCUUGGAUCAGCAUUGUCAUUACAAAAUCAAUUGGAAAAUAUGAUUAAUUCAACGCAACUAAAUAAUAUACAAAAUGCUCACAACAUGGUAAUGAAUAACCAGCAGCAUUCAAAUGGUUUUUCAAACAUGAAACGUGAAAAUUCACCGUCUAUGAUGAAUAACAAUGGCAUACCCGGUUUAAAUAUGCCAAUGAAUAUAUCAACCAUGGCAUCUAUAUUUGAUCCAGUUGCACCAAUGGUUUCUAUGCCAAUGCAAAUCCCUCAAUUGUCUGUCAAAAAAGAUGAACGGCCUCAAAUAACCCAAACUCAAGCACCUCACAAACCUAUGGAUGCGGGAGCUUUCUUUGCAGAGAUGAAUUCAUUAGGAAUGCCAGCGAUGAGCAAUCACUCUAGCACCCAAAUAUUGCCUGACAAAAAAAUGACACCGCCUGAUUCGAAAAAUUCAGCGGCUAAUUUUGCAUCGGCUUUUAAAAAUAAGACUGCUGAACAAAAUGUUAAAAAUGCAUCGUCAUGGUCGUCGUUGGCCCAAUCUUCGAGUCCACAAUCAGCUGCAGGAAGUAAUAUAAAAAGAGAUUCUUCAAGAGACUCUUUCUUAUCGUUCAAGAAGCAAGCCAAAGAAAAACAAGACAGGCAACGCGCAUUAUUGGAGCAACAAGAGUUGCGAAGACAACAAAAAGAACAAGAGAGAUUGCGCCAGGAACAUGAACGAAGAAGAGAACGUGAUGAAGAAGAUGCCAUCGACAAAGUAUUGAAAAAUGUUGGUGAUCAACAAGGAAUAACCAUAACAGCAACAUCACGUGCAGAAGAAAUGAAAGUCUCGACUGAAACUGAUAGUAACAGUCCAAGUCAUUCAACCAAUCAUGACAAAGCUGCAGCCGAACGUGAACGUCAAAGGCUGCGGGAACAAGAUAGACGGCGUCGUGAAGCGAAUGCAAACAAGAUUGACAUGAACAUGCAGAGCGACUUGAUGGCUGCAUUUGAAGAAACAUUAUAAUAAUGUAAAUGCUCACAGCUCGUAAAGACUCAAAUUAAUACCUUGCGGGACUUGGAAGAAGCGUUUUGCCGCUGGACGAUAAUAAUCAACUACUGAAUUUUUUUUUGUUAAUAUAAUAUAUAUAUAUUUCAAUAUUAUUAUUACCAUUAUUAAAGCAAUUAAUUAAUAUGAUGAUUGUAAUAAAUAUACCGUGAAGAAUAGUCAAGAUAAUAAUUAUUUUAAUCUGUUUCAUGGAAUUUAUUGUCUACGGAUUAAUUGCUAAAACGAUAGUAAAAUAUUUUAUUAUAUCCAGGCAAAUUAAAAUUCAGAUAAUUAUAUAUAUAAAUAUAUUAAUUUUUAUUUUAUUAUUAUUAUUAUUAUUAUUUUCCUUAGUUAAAAUUUAUUUCUUCGGCACAAUAAUUAUUUUUAAUUAAUUAUUGCGGUUGUGUAGUUGGACGAACACUUGAGUGUGACCAUAAUAUGUAAUUUAAAAAAAUAUAAACACACUAAUUAACUAAAAAAUGAAAUAACAUACAAGUAUAUAUGUUUUGAAAAUAAAACUACACAAUGUUGGGGAAAUAAGUAGUGAUUAUUGUGAGUGUAUUAAAUUGAAUGUGUGAUUGAUGAGCAGGAUGAUGACGAAAUAACGUUAAAUAAAAAAUAUAAUAAAAUAAUAGUGGACGUUGUGUAUAUUUAGUUAAGUUUUGUAUUUUUCCACAUUCAGUCCAUCAAUCAUUGAACUUGCAUAUACAGAAAAUCGAUUUUUGUCAGUAGCAUUAGCGUAUUAAACUCUUGCUAUUAGAUAUUAUUAUUAUUAUUAAUUUAUAAACUUGAAACUUGUUAAAUUAUAAAUACACGAAUCAUUAUUAUCUAACACGAAUAAAUAAAUAUUAUAGAGAUCAUGAUCAUUGACGAAAUUAAUUCAUAUGUGACAUAUAUACCGAAGUGGACGAUAAAUAAAUAAAACUUGAUAAUUGAUCGUUUUGAUCAGAAAAAAAUUAAAUAUUCGCUUAAAAAAAAAUAAAUAAAUAAAUGAAGCUGUCAAUUAAAAUAAAAAUAUUUGAGAGUUUGAUUGCGCAGAUAAAUAUUUCUUGGCGCAGUAAAGUUUUAUUCGCCCCAAGAAAAAUUUUGCAUUAUGAAUUGAAAACAAUUAUUUUAUUGACCCAAGAAAUGAUUUGUGUCUGCGGCUUGUGGCGUAAUUUGAUGUAAUAUAUUCGUAUAUUUAAUACGACGUGUAGCCCAGAACUAUAUAUUUAAAUUAUUGAAUUUAUUUUACAUGUAAUUUAAUAAAUAAAUCUGGGAUACUAUAAAGUAAUUGAGUAAAUACAAUAAAAUAUAUAUAAUACUGUUUGUAUAUAUAUAAUAAUAAUAAUAAUAAUAAUAAUAAUAAUAAAGAAAGAAAGAAAAUAUUUAGAAGAAGCGUCUUUGCUCGCGUCUUGCAAUAUUUAUUACACUUGAUAAGUGUGUAAUUGAUAAUUAGUAAUUAUUUCUUUUUCUAAUUGAUAGAAAUAUUUGUAUUAAAAUGAAAAAAAAUUUUAAAAAGUACAAAAAUACUAAUAAUUUAUCGAAGUAAAAAAAAUUUUAAGAAUCAUUCGUCCGAAUCGAAGUUUGUUUAAAAAUAAUUAUAUAAUUAAACGUUUAAAGAAAAUGUUAUUAUUUAGUAAUGCUGUUAGAAUAAAUAUAAAGUUAAUAUGUGAAUUGUAAAAUAUUAAAUUAUUUCUUAAGAAAAGUAGAAAAUUUUCUUUUUUUUUCUAAGUAUUUAAGUUUACUUUAUUUUUUUUUUUAUUUAUUUUUAUUUGUUCCUUUUAAUGACAUUCUGUAAUUUCAUAUUACUAACAUUAAUUGAGCAUUAAUUAUAUUGUCAAUUAAAUUUUGUUAUAAAAACUAAAAAAAAACAAAUAAUAUUAUAUAUUAUUAAAGUAUAUAAGUAGCAUUUUAAUUUCUUAUUAAACUUUAUUUAAUUUAUAUUAAAACCUGUAUUAUAUUUUUAAAAAUAAUAUAUUACCAUAGACUCUGCAUCAAGUAAAAUAGUUAUAUAUUUUUUCCUUCCGUAAUUUACAAUAAUAAUUAUAUUCCUUCAGUACUUUGAUGGAGAAUCUACUGUGUAAUUUUAAUUUUAUUAUUAUUAUUAAUUAUUAAUUUCUCCUUAAAAAAUAUGACCUGAAGUUAACAGACAAUUAACAAUUUUUUGAUUUUUUUCUUUGACAAUUAAAAAAAAAAAAAAACUAAAAAUAUGCACAUGUAGAAAAUUAAAAAAACCACAGGUGCAAUUUUUUAAAAUAUUUUUUUUUAUACUUUAUCAUUUGAAAAAAAAAUCCAAAAAUUAUUAAACGUCGGCUGACUUCAGUAUCACUAAAAAAAAAAAUAUAUAUAUAUACACAAAAUUAAUUUUUUGAUAUUUUCUAGUAGGCGCGACAUUGUCAUGCUUCUUCUCACAAAAAAAUAAAAAAACAAAAAAAAUAAAUAAACGAAUAAAUAAAACUAGAAAAAAAGGAUGAAAAUGAUUUAAAUAAAAUGCGAUAAAAUAUUAAGUACGCAAAGUAUAAUAAUCAUAUACACAUUAAUUGAUAUGUGUAUCAGUCAGUUUAUAGUUUUAAUAAUAGCAAGUAGGCCGUCAUCUAACAAUUAAUUAUCGUAAUAUAUAUCAGCAUAAAAACAAAUAAUAAAAUAAACUGUAAAUGUGGAAGGAUAUAUAAGUAUAAAAUAUAAAUAACGGCCGCCAUUUAAAUUUAAUAAUAAAAAAGAUAAAUAUUAACGUUUUAUUUUAACGUUAUUUAUUUAACUGGAAGCGCGUUAUUUCAUUUUAUUAUAAUAAUAGUAAUAAUAAUAAUAAAAAAAAACUCAGGUAUUCGUCUUCGCUUAUGAAGUUAUUGGUUUGUAAUAUAUUUAAUCAAUUGAUUAUUAUAAUAAAUAAAAAACUAAACCGUUCAUUGAUAACUCAAUCGUUGAGGUCUGGCUUCCAGUAAUUAGAAAAAAAAAAAAAAAAAAAAAAAAAAAAAUAAGAUUUAUAUGAUAAAACGUAUCGUGUUUUUCUUCUCUACAUUUAAAUUACAUAAAUAUAUUGUUAUUAAUUAUUAAUCGUUAUUGUACGAAAUCAUUAAUUAUUAUUAUUAUUAUUAUUAUUUUGUUUCAUUUAUUCGAGUGUUGAUAAAUUAAUUAUUAAUUUAAAAUGCUAAUUAUCGAAUUAGACAUAAAGAUUUAAAAAUGUAACCAUUGUAAAAAAAAAAAAAAAAAGUUAAUGGUACUACCCGAGGUGAUGUUUGUUCUGCAACUCAUGAAAAAAAAAGAAUAAUAACUAAAAAUAAUAAUAAUAAAUAACAAAGUUAACAAACAAUAUGUUUAGUAUUUUAAAAAAAAAAUUAUGUGUGAUAGGUAUUAAUAGAUGUAUAAAUAUGAAGAUUUGUAAAUGUAAAUAUAGGAGAAAAAAAAGUAAAAUCAUUGGCAGCAAAUAACAUUCUUAUGUAUAAUAAAUUUAUAAAAAAAUAAUACAAACGAUUAUUGAUAAUUACCAAUUAUAAUUUGAUUCUUGUGAGGGAUAAGAUUUUUAAUAAUAAUUAAAUUGAAAAGGAGGCCGAUAGACAGAUUGUGUAACUUAUUAGAUCUCAGCGUAAGAUUUAUUGUAGCAUUAUUAAUUUUUAAAUAAUAAGUAAACACCAAAAUCAUUAUCCGCUGUAUCAAAAUAAAUAAAAAUAAUAAUUUUUAUAUAAGUACCUAUGGGCGCACAUAAUUUUCAAUGGCACAUAAAAUUUUAGCGACAAUUAAAUGAAAAAAAAAAAACAAAAAAAAAUGUUAUUAAA